AAAAAGAAAAAAAGAAAAAAAGAAAAAAAAAAGAAUCGCUCUUUUGUGCCAGGUCUCGCAGCGUGACGCGACGGUGCGGCCGCCGCUGCUGCCACGCGUCCGUGUCGCCCGGCCUCGCUGGCCCGCGCUGGUCCCGGAGCCGCUUCCUGUAGGGUCCGCGCCCGAGGGACCCCGGCCGAGCCAGGCGACACCCUCACCGCCACCGAGUCCGGUCCCGGCGCUGCUCCCUCGCCAACUUAAGGACCACAGUACAGCUAUGGAUACUGAACCAAAUCCUGGAACAUCUUCUGUGUCGACAACAACCAGUAGUACCACCACCACCACCAUUACCACUUCCUCCUCUCGAAUGCAGCAGCCGCAGAUCUCUGUCUACAGUGGCUCGGACCGACAUGCUGUACAGGUAAUCCAACAGGCCUUGCAUCGCCCCCCCAGCUCAGCUGCUCAGUACCUCCAGCAGAUGUACGCGGCCCAGCAGCAGCACCUGAUGCUGCACACGGCGGCCCUCCAGCAGCAGCACCUGAGCAGCUCGCAGCUUCAGAGCCUGGCCGCCGUUCAGGCAAGUUUGACCAGUGGAAGACCACCUACAUCUCCUACAGGAAGUGUCACACAGCAGUCAAGCAUGUCUCAGACAUCUAUCAACCUCUCCACUUCUCCUACACCUGCACAGCUAAUAAGCCGUUCCCAGACUUCCAGUUCUACCAGCGGCAGUAUUACCCAACAGACCAUGUUACUAGGGAGUACCUCCCCAACCCUGACGGCAAGCCAAGCUCAGAUGUAUCUCCGAGCUCAAAUGCUGAUUUUCACACCCGCUACCACUGUGGCUGCUGUACAGUCUGACAUUCCUGUUGUCUCGUCGUCACCGUCAUCUUCCUGUCAGUCUACAGCUACUCAGGUUCAGAAUUUAACUUUACGCAGCCAGAAGCUGGGUGUAUUAUCUAGCUCACAGAAUGGUCCGCCAAAAAGCACUAAUCAAACUCAGUCAUUGACCAUUUGUCAUAAUAAAACAACAGUGACCAGUUCUAAAAUCAGCCAACGGGAUUCUUCUCCGGAAAGUAGUAAGAAAGGAGAAAGCCCAAGCCUGGAAUCCAGAAGCACAGCCGUCACCAGGACUUCAAGUAUUCACCAGUUAAUAGCACCAGCUUCAUACCCUCCAAUUCAGCCUCAUCCUCUCAUAAAACAUCAGCAGAUCCCUCUUCAUUCGCCGCCUCCCAAGGUUUCCCACCAUCAGCUGAUCCUGCAGCAGCAGCAACAGCAAAUUCAGCCGCUCACCCUUCAGAGUCCGAUUCAAGACCCGCCUGCAUCCCAGCACUGCCUGCCACUCGCCAACCAUGGCCUUCCUGCAGCCUCCAGUAACGCCCCGUCACAGCACUGCUCGCCGAUUCAGAGCCACCCGCCUCCCUUAACACUGUCCCCGACCCAGUCUCAGUCAGCACAGCAGUCGGUAGUGGUGUCUCCCCCGCCACCUCAUUCCCCCAGCCAGUCUCCGACCAUCAUCAUUCACCCGCAGGCCCUUAUCCAGCCACACUCGCUGGUGUCACCAACUCUCCAGUCAGGGCCAAGUCUGCAGCAGACCCCUGCUAACCAGGUACCACCGACAGCUCAGCUGAACCUCCCGUCCCAUCUUCCACUCCCAGCUUCCCCCGUUGUGCACAUUGGCCCGGUCCAGCAGUCUGCCUUAGUGUCCCCGGGUCAGCAGAUCGUGUCUCCAACGCCACACCAGCAGUACUCCGCUCUGCAGUCCUCCCCAAUCCCGAUCGCAACACCCCCCCAUAUGUCGGCCUCUCCUCCCGCUCAGAUCCCCCCGCUGCCCCUGCCGUCCAUGCAGUCUUUGCAAGUGCAGCCUGAAAUUCUGUCCCAGGGUCAGGUUUUGGUGCAGAAUGCUUUGGUGUCCGAAGAGGAGCUUCCGGCUGCCGAAGCUUUGGUCCAGUUGCCAUUUCAGACUCUUCCUCCUCCACAGACUGUGGCGGUAAACCUACAAGUCCAGCCACCGGCAUCUGUUGACCCACCAGUGGUUUACCAAGUAGAAGAUGUGUGUGAGGAAGAAAUGCCCGAAGAGCGAGAGGAGUGUGUGCGCAUGGACAGGACCCCGCCCCCGCCUACCCUUUCCCCCGCGGCCAUCGCCGUGGGCAGAGAAGACCUGACCUCAGAGCAUCCUCUGCUAGAGCAAGUGGAGUUACCUGCUGUGGUGUCGGUCAGUGCUUCAGUGAUCAAAUCUCCAUCAGACCCUUCACACGUCUCCAUUCCUCCACCUCCGCUAUUGCUUCCAGCUGCUGCCACGAGGAGUAAUAAUACAUCUCUGUCCAGUACAAUUCCCAGUAUGGAGAACAAACCUCCACAGGCGAUUGUUAAGCCACAGAUCCUGACCCAUGUGAUUGAAGGCUUUGUGAUUCAGGAGGGAUUAGAGCCAUUUCCUGUGACUCGUUCAUCUUUGCUAACAGAACAGCCCGUUAAAAAAAGGCCUCUUUUGGAUAACCAGGUGAUAAAUUCUGUUUGUGUUCAGCCAGAACUGCAGAACAAUACAAAGCACGCGGAUAAUUCAUCUGACACAGAGAUAGAAGACAUGAUUGCGGAAGAGACAUUAGAAGAGAUGGACAGUGAAUUGCUGAAAUGUGAAUUUUGUGGAAAGAUGGGAUAUGCUAAUGAAUUUCUUCGCUCCAAACGAUUCUGUACUAUGUCAUGUGCCAAAAGGUACAAUGUUAGUUGUUCAAAAAAAUUUGCACUUAGUCGCUGGAAUCGUAAGCCUGAUACCCAAAGCCUCGGGCACCGUGGCCGCCGCCCCAGCGGCCCUGACGGGGCGGCCAGAGAGCAUCUCCUUAGGCAGCUUCCAAUUACUUAUCCAUCUGCAGAAGAAGACUUGGCUCCUCAUGAAGAUUCUGUGCCAUCUGCUAUGACCACUCGGCUGCGCAGGCAGAGUGAGCGGGAGCGAGAGCGCGAGCUCCGGGAUGUGAGGAUCAGGAAGAUGCCCGAGAACGCUGACUUGCUGCCAGUUGCACAGACAGAGCCGUCUAUCUGGACUGUUGAUGACGUGUGGGCCUUCAUUCACUCUUUGCCUGGCUGCCAGGAUAUUGCGGAUGAGUUCAGAGCACAGGAGAUUGAUGGACAGGCACUUCUCUUGCUAAAAGAAGACCAUCUUAUGAGUGCAAUGAAUAUAAAGCUAGGCCCAGCCCUAAAGAUCUGUGCACGCAUCAACUCUCUGAAGGAAUCUUAACAGGAUCACAAAAUCUUGUGAUAACUCUCCUCACACAAAUGUAAUGUGUAAGGUAAAAAGGCUGAAGUUGGCCUUAAAAAUCACACUUUCUUUGGUGGAGAGCCAAGCACAGUGGGAUCUAUGCCUCAAAAGCUGACAUUUCUUCAACAUAUUCAUGCAUUUUCAUAAUUUACCAACAUUGGUGAAAUUAAUUUUACAUGUUGCACACAACAUUGAAAGACUUGUUACAGAGGGCCAUGAUAUUUUUCAAAGAAAUGUGUUAUACUAGAUAAUUUUUUAAAGGGUGAUGUUUAUCAUUAAUAUAAAAAGUCCUUUUAAAAAGUAAUUUGAUGAUUUACAUUUUCCUCUUUUGAUUCGGUUUUCGUAUACAUUUUUCUACCCUGUAAAUUUUCUAUAGGUUGUGAUGAGAGAUAACAUUUGGAGUCCGGUGACUGGAAUUGUAUGAAAUGAGGUAUCAUUGUGUGCUUUAGAGAAACAUCUCUGUUAGUUGCUUUGUGAAAAAGGUUUGCAUUCUUGGAUAAAUAACACUAUCUGUGACUUGGAAGAGUUGGUUUCUGUUCCAAAUUUGAGUGAAGAGUUUAUUUGGUAUUGCUAAAUAUCCUGCAGUUCUCAAGAGAAGCAGAGAUGUCAGGUCAAGAUGUCAGCAGUGCCAAGGUUAGGACCCUGACGUAGGAGUGACCAGUGUUUCAGUAUUUCACCAAAAAGGAUAUUUUUUUAAAGGAUCAUAAGAAUAUUAUAUUGACGUAUUUCAGAUAGCACUAAUGUUCUGCUGAAGUUUUUUCUCAGUUUUGUACAUACUAGAAAGACUGAAAGUCUGUUAAAUUGGCAUAUAAAAAAAGGUCGCAUGUUCAAGUAAUGAUUCUCAGAAGGUACUGAUUCAUACUAUCUUUCAUAUCUGUGUUCCGUUGCUCUGGUGAGGGCAUAUGAUUAUAGUUUAUGAAUCAGUGCUGGCGGGCAGAUAGUUUUAGCAGAUAUGUUAGAUAUGUCAUUGCUCUCUAGAUUAUUUUAGAUAUUGAACAUGCCAGG